UUUAUAUUUAAGACUGCAGAAUGUAGACGUUUCUGACCUUUAUGGAAAACUGCUUAUUUGGCAACAUAAACUUGCGAAAAUUGUUUCUAAUAACAAUAAUAGUUGUGAAAUCUUCCACAAUUUCAAGUGAACGGGGGAACAAAUUUUGAAUAGUGUCGGAAGAGAUGUAAAAUUUAUUACAAUGCAGAAAAAUGAGAAUUUACUGACGGUGGUGAACCAAAACACCAUCGAAUCAACCAGUACAGCUGAGCACUGCGCAAAAAAUACAACGGAUUAUUCUAUAAUCAGGGAUAAAACUGUACUGGUGUGUCCAACGGAAGAUCAGUAUGAGAACCUACGGAAAAUGUUGGCUGAACGAAUCGAAGCCAAUCGUGGCGAAACUGUUUUCGAGAUGGGCAUUGGCGAAGAUGGAGCUGAGAGCGGUUUGGGCCCAGAUGAGUAUCCUGCAUCGUUAGCCACGCUGCAAUCGCUCGCUGCCAUUCUGAAUGCUGAUUGCGUAGAGUUACGUACCCGCAAAGGAGACUCAGGAAUGGUUGGUCAAUAUUUACUACGAGCGAAAGUAGAAGACGAUGAUUUUACCGAAGUUCGCGUAGCGGUAGUUGGAAAUGUAGAUGCUGGAAAAUCUACUUUGCUUGGUGUAUUGACACACGGUGAACUGGACAACGGGCGUGGAUUUGCGCGGCAACGAUUGUUCCGUCACAAACAUGAACUUGAAAGUGGGCGAACAAGUUCUGUCGGAAACGACAUUUUGGGAUUCGACAGCCAAGGCCAUGUCGUGAACAAACCGGACCAUGGCACUUUAGAUUGGGUUAAGAUUUGUGAGAAAUCUGCAAAAGUUAUUACUUUUAUAGACCUUGCGGGGCACGAGCGAUAUCUGAAAACAACCGUGUUUGGAAUGACGGGACAUGCACCAGAUUUUGGGAUGCUUAUGAUUGGAGCAAACUCCGGUAUCGUAGGCAUGACUAAAGAACACCUUGGCUUAGCUUUGGCUCUGUCCGUACCUGUGUUUGUAGUAGUCACAAAAAUUGACAUGUGCCCUCCUAAUAUUCUGCAAGAAAAUUUGAAACUUUUAUACAAAAUACUGAAAUCGCAGGGAUGUCGCAAGGUUCCUGUUAUGGUUAAAACGCCUGAUGAUGUAAUCCUAAGCGCGACAAAUUUUGUUUCAGAGCGUCUUUGUCCAAUUUUUCAGGUUUCGAACGUGUCAGGAGAAAAUCUAGAUUUGUUGAAAAUGUUUUUAAAUCUACUGACAGUUCGAACAACUGGAAAUGACGCUCUGCCGACAGAAUUUCAAAUCGACGAUACAUAUGCAGUUCCGGGAGUAGGAACAGUUGUCUCAGGCAUCACGCUACAAGGCGUGGUUAAAUUGAACGAUGUACUUAUGCUUGGUCCAAAUCCGUUGGGAGACUUUCAACCAAUUACUAUCAAAAGUAUUCAUCGUAAACGAAUGGUUGUUGGACAAGUUCGUAGUGGUCAAACUGCCAGUUUUUCGUUGAAGAAAAUCAAACGAUCACAAAUCAGAAAAGGAAUGGUGCUAGUGAGCCCCGAACUACAACCGCAGGCCUGUUGGGAAUUUGAUUGUGAAAUUUUGGUCCUUCAUCAUCCAACGACAAUUUCUAGCAAAUAUGGUCGAUGGUCAGCAAUGGUCCACUGCGGUAGUAUUCGGCAGACAGCCCAAAUACUUGAAAUGUCAAAAGAGUGCUUACGCACAGGAGACAAAGCUGUAGUGCGUUUCCGUUUUAUCAAAAAUCCCGAAUAUAUGAAACCAGGACAAAGAAUGGUAUUCCGAGAGGGUCGUACAAAAGCUGUUGGCAAUGUAAUAACACCGCAUUACACACCUGGUUCGGCUCAUCAGCGAUCCAAGCCGAAUAAAAUGCAAGGACGUGGUUAUGGUGCUGCACACAGUACAGCGGCAACGAAACCAUUACCUGCAAGCACAAAUCGCAAGAUCUCCGAGCCACAGUCGAAUCUAAACGAAAGUUCGAUGUUGUUGGACAUUGGGACAGAUAAGAGAAAUAAUCGAUCUGGUAAACGACGGCGCGAAAAUCCAUUGCCAGAAAAAUCUAAUGUUUCAAACGCUAACGUUUCAGUUGAUACAACAACAUAACCAUUUUAACUUGAAUAAAUUUCCUAGUGUACAUUGAUUGAUACACUUUAAGCAA